AUGGAUGCCAUGUCACUUGUGCAACGAUUUGGCAAGCCUGAUCUAUUUAUAACAGUCACAUGUAAUCCUAAUUGGCCUGAGAUUAAAGAACUUCUCAAAUAUGUCGAUGAACCACAAAAUAGGCCAGACCUUCUAGCUCGUGUUUUCCAUGCUAGACUUGAAGAGCUAAAAAAUGACAUAUUUAAGAGACACAUUUUUGGAGAAGUCGCAGCAUAUGCAUAUGUGAUUGAGUUUCAAAAAAGGGGACUUCCACAUGCUCACUUUCUAAUCAUUUUGAAGAGCAAAUUCAAAAUUACAACUCCUGCUCAUUGUGACAGAUUCAUAUCUGCUGAGAUUCCUAAUAAAGAAACUGAACCCCACUUAUACAAUAUGGUCAAAAAGCAUAUGAUUCAUGGUCCGUGUGGUUCUCUAAAUCCUAAUUGUCCUUGUAUGCUUCACCACCAACAACAAGUUGCUCCAUCUUGCAAAAAUAAGUAUCCUCGAUCCUUUAACGAUGAGACUACAUUUGACGAAAACUCCUACCCUAUAUAUCGUAGGAUGGACACUUCAGCAUAUGUUGUGGUCAGAGGUCAUCAGCUUGAUAAUAGGUGGGUUGUCCCUUAUAAUCCAUAUUUGUUGGCGAAAUUUGAUUGUCAUAUAAAUGUUGAAGUAUGUGCUGGGAUCAGAUGUGUGAAGUAUAUAUAUAAAUAUAUAUACAAGGGACACGACAGAAUUAGCCUAAGUUUAUAUGUUGGUGCUGAUGUUCAUGAGUUUGAUGAGAUUAAAGAAUACCAAAGUGCAAGAUGGGUUUCACCACCUGAAGCGGCUUGGAGAAUAUAUGCCUUCCCAAUUUCCAAAAUAAGGCCUGCAGUUGUGCACUUACAAGUUCAUCUACAAAACUAUCAGUACAUUAAUUUUCACGGCAAUGACAGGUUGGUUAAUAUAGUUGAAGAUGACUUCGCUUCUCGCACAAUGUUAACACAAUUUUUCUACAUGACUCGUGUAGAUGAAGUUGCAAAAAAAUUAAACUUGCUUUAUAUUCAAUUUCCGGAAUAUUUUGUGUGGAACAAUCAAAAAAAAUUGUGGACACAGAGAAAGAAGAAAGAAGUCAUAGGUAGACUUGUGACAGUCAAUCCAACUGAAGGAGAGCGUUACUAUUUACGCUUAUUACUGAUGAAUGUUAGGACACCCAAAUCGUUUGACAACAUAAAAACUGUCAAUGGCAAUCAAGCAGUAACUUUUCGUGAGGCAGCUGAAAAUUUGGGUCUCUUAUCUGGGGAUCAUAUUGUCGAGAAGUGUCUAGAUGAAGCAGUAUUAUACCAGAUGCCAUCAAGUUUUAGGAGAUUAUUUGCAACUCUUCUAAUUUUUUGUGAUAUCUCAAACCCUCGCAACUUGUGGAAUAAAUUUAAGUCAUACAUGUGUGAAGAUCUACUCAGGACAAGACUACACACUGAUGAUGAAGUCCAACUAAUGGUGCUUCAAUUAAUUGCAAAUGCAGUGGAAAAAAUGGGGAAGAAAAUUGAUGACUUUAACUUGGUUGAUAACAGGUUAUCUAUGUCAACCCAAGAAAAGGAGGAUAGAGAAAUUGCAGCUGAGUAUAACAUACAAGUAAGUGAAUAUGACUUGCUUUGUGUGGAAAAAUUAAAUGUUGAGCAACGCAACGCAUUUGAUACAAUUAUGGCAAGUAUCAUUUCAAACUCGGCUGGAGUUUAUUUCAUAGAUGGUCCAGGUGGUACUGGUAAGACAUUCCUAUACAAAUGCUUAUUAGCUACUGUCAGGUCUAGAAAAUGGAUAGCACUUGCAACUGCAAGUUCAGGAAUUGCAGCAUCAAUUCUACCCGGUGGUCGUACAGCUCAUUCUACGUUCAAAAUACCAAUUGAUGGAGAUGAUAAGUAUGUAUGCAAUAUUGGAAAACGAACCGCAGAAGCUACCUUAUUAAAAAAAAUGUAG